UGCACUUUGUGCACGGCUAGGUGAGCGAGCUGACGCACAGUGUCGUCGUUGCAGUAGUGUACCUCAGCGCACUUCGAACACCAUCAACAGACCACCGUCAUCUUGACCCGUCCCGAUUAUCAGCCGUGGUGCCGCGGGAGAAACCUCCUAAUCGCCAACAUCGCCGGUUGCCAGAGCAACCAAGCGACGCUUCGAGAGAAGCAGUGAGAGCGAGGCGCAGUUCGACGCGUUUUAAUCGCGGAUUGCUACGUUCUUCCUUCCGUUUCGUUGUGUAUGUGUGUGUUUAGGAGUGUGAAAUUAGAUUACCGCUGACUACGGCGGCGAAAAAGGGUGUCCAGAAACCACUGGAAGUGAGCACAAUGGCCGGCCGACGGAACGAUUACGAUAUGCUGCAGGUUGUGCCGAAGUGGGAGAUUGCCAAGAUUUACGUCCGGUGUUUGCUGGCCAACUUUGUCGUACUGCUCAAGUGGCUCUACGAGAGUGUCAAGUGCAAGGUGAACCCGACCGCCAUCAUGCGCAAGACCAUCGAGCGGACAGACUUCCCCAACAAGCCGCCAAUUUUCAUGACCGACACCAAUCUGGGCCGGCACUCGUACGUGAAGCUGGAGAACACGAAGCUACACUUUGUCGAGGCGGGGAGCAGGAGCAAUCCAAUUGUGCUCCUCUUGCACGGUUUCCCCGACUGUUGGUUCGGGUGGCGAUACCAGAUAUCGGAGCUCACCCAUUACUUCCACGUUAUCGCGCUGGAUUUGAAGGGAUUUAAUGAUUCAGACAAACCACACUGGCGGUUCAAGUACACACCGAAGAAGGUCUGUGAGGAUCUGCGCAAGUUUUUGAUUGCAAUCAGCGCCAAGAGUGUCUCCAUUGUCGGGCACGACCUGGGAGCCACGAUCGGCUGGUUCUUUGCGCACACGAAUCCGGAAAUGGUCGAUAAAUUUGUUAGCGUUUCUACUCCACACCCGAACCUGCUCGUUUCUACUCCACACCCGAACCUGCUGUGGGAUAAUCUGCCGAAAAGCUCUCCUUUCAACCGGAAUUGGCUGGAGUUUGUGCAACUACCGAUGUUGCCAGAAAUGGAACUGAAGCACUCUGCCGAUCGGGUACUGCGCCGCUGCUAUCCGCAUGUGGCCAAAGAGAAAAUGUAUCAAACCGGAGCGAACGGAACCGUUACAAACAACGUGAUGGAGGCGUACAAGUACAGCUACAGCCAAACAGACGACUGGCGCGGCCCACUGAACUACUACCGGAACUUCCUAUUUUACCGCGUCCGAGACGGUGAGAUCAUACAGUGUCCCUGCCUGAUCAUCGCUGGCAACGACGAUCGAUUCUACAAGCUGGAGUCGGUGGUGAAGAGUUCGGAGUACUGCGAGAACGUGGUGAUUAAAAUCAUCGAACAGUCCGGUCGCGCACCGCACCAGGAAAUGGCGACAGAAUUCAACAGCAUUGUGCUGAGGUUUCUCAUCGGUAAAAAGUACUCCCAGAAACCUACCGAAAUGCAGUCCACUCCAUCGAGAGGCCUGGUAGGCCGUGUGUUUGGCGGCAUCGGAUCGGUGGCCAACAACACCGUUAAACUGGGCAACAAUCUGCGAGAAACGUACGCUUUCGCUAACCCGUUGAACAGUGUUCCUAACUUCAUGAUCAAAGGAUGAUGAUUAAAUAAGCUGUUCGAACAGAUUAAAUAGAAUACCAAACUGCUUAAAUUACUGCUCCUAGGCAAUCGAAGGCAAGCUAACGUCGUCGGUGAUCUGUGUAAAAUUGUGGUUUUAAGUUAUUGACCUUUGCCUGUAUGUGUAUGUUUUGAUGCGUUUUGUGUGAGUGAAUGCGUGUUUAAGCUUUUAUAAAGUGAAUGAAUAUUUUAUACCGUACAAUAGAAGUUGAAACAGAUUCAACAUUCAACUUGUGUCCAUUCCAGCAACUGCAUAUUGAAA